CAAUGGAGGUGUGGCUGAUAAUAUGCAAAGUGGGUGUGUGUUACCACCACAAUAGGCUAUUGCUGAUUUGGUGUGUUACCAUUUCAGUGUAGAGAGAUUUCUCUCUCUAUUUUUAAUAAUAUUAUUUCUCUUUGUUUGUUUUUAGUCUAAUUCUGUGUAGGCAAUGGCUGAGCGCGGGGAUAAGAAAUUCGGUUUUCUAUUGAGCCUUACUGGUAAUUUAAGUCUGCAAGAGAAGAAAGAAAAGAAAGGCCGUUUAUAUUCAACUAAGAAAGGACAACAGAAAUACUGGUUUUGGUUUGACGAGAAAGAAUGCGUCCUCAAAUAUUACAAGAGCAAGGAACUGUAUAUACAAUCUCUACACACGCCCCUUGGUAAGAUCAGUUUGGCUGACGCGAAAGUGACCCCAGCAGCUGCUUACGAGCAUGCUUCGAACGAAGACACAUCGAACACUUUUAUAAUAUUGACUCAGUCUGGUCAAUAUUUUGCUUUGACGUCUGAUUCAGCUGAAACCUGUCACGACUGGAUCAGAAAACUACAAGCAAAGCGUACAGAAUGGAUAAAGAAAGACAGUGACAUUAGGAAGACCUUACCAAGAGCUAUAUCUCCGAGAAAUUACGACAGGGUUAGUGGGUUAGUUGGAGGAGACAAAAGCUUUGGAAGCAGCUUAGGUGGGGGAGAAUUAUUAAGGACGACUGGGAGUGGCUCGGUUAGCGUCAGAAAAAUAUUCAUCGAUCAAUUGGAGGGAAAACUUUCGCCUUUUAGCGAAUAUCAGGAUCCUUUUGAAAGCGAUAGGCCAUUACAGAGGACGGAAACGGCCUCUUCCUCCGCUUCUAGUACUAACUUUUAUCAAACAGAAACUGACGGGAUUAGGGAGGGGGAAGGAGAGAGAGAAGAGGAGGAACCAGCUGGAAAGAGUUUAUGUAAUUCUGAUGAUUCUGGUGGGAGUGGCAGAGGUGGGAGUGGUCAAAGUAGUUUUAUUACUUCCACCUAUGAGUUAACUGAUCAGGACAGAGCAACAUUAGAAUUGAAGGCAGAGCUGAGUGAAACAAGAUCAGAGCGGGAUCAACUCAAAAAGCAAUUGAUGCAGCUGCAGGAGAAGUUAUUCAAGAAGGAUGAGAAGAUUAAGAGCCUUCAGGAUGAAGUGGACAAACUUAAGGAAACAAUUCACAAAAUUAAUUCUCCUAAUUCUGAUUAUGCUCUUGAAAAUGAAAACCUGAGAGUUGUCAUUGAAUCACUUCAAAAGAGUCUGAAAUCAUUAGAUGGAGAAGUGGAGCUACACAAGUUGAAACUGAAAGAAAGAAACAGUGAACUGGAUUUACAGAAUGAGUAAGAGAGAGAGAGAGAGAAAAGGAGAGAGAGAAAGAGAG